GGGCGGGGCGGGCCCGCGGCGCCGGGCCUGCGGUGCCGGGGAUGGCGGACGGCGGCGCGGCAGCGGAGCCCACACCGCCGGGGCCCCCCGCGGGGCUCUCGGCGUCCCAGCGCCGCGCUGAGCUGCGCCGCAGGAAGCUGCUCAUGAACUCGGAGGAGCGGAUCAACCGCAUCAUGGGCUUCCACCGGCCCGCGGCGGGCAAGGAUGAUGAAAGCCACGCAGAAUUAAAGCUUCAGCACGAGCAAGAUAAAUCAAACUCCCUUCCCCUUCCCUCAGUUUCCAAGCGGAUUGUGCUUGGUGAUGCCGUGUGCAGCGUGGCGGGCCCGGCCGAGCACGCGGGCAGCGUGGCAGAGCUCCGAGGGGACAAGGACCUGUUUGGCAAAGCCCCAGAGCUGCUCGCCGAGGGCACGGGCGAGCUGCGGCAGCGCCACAGGGGAGAGCUGCCCUGCGAGGCCGCGGCACGGCCGCCCCGGCACGGCUUGGAGCAGUACCUGUCGCGGUUCGAUGAAGCUCUGAAGCUCAGGAACCAGCUGAUGAGUGAGAAGCCAAGCCAGGAGAACGGGAGCGCGGCGGAGGAGUUUGACUCCUUCCGCAUUUUCCGCCUGGUGGGGUGUGCUCUGCUCGCCAUCGCCGUCAGGGCCUUUGUGUGCAAGUACCUGUCAAUAUUUGCACCAUUUCUUACUCUACAACUUGCUUACAUGGGACUGUCCAAGUACUUUCCAAAGUGUGAGAAGAAGGUGAAAACAACAGUACUGACUGCUGCUCUUCUCCUCUCUGGAAUCCCUGCAGAAGUGAUCAGUCGCUCCAUGGACACCUACAGCAAAAUGGGAGAUGUUUUCACAGACCUUUGUGUCUAUUUCUUUACUUUUAUCUUUUGCCAUGAACUUACUUUGGUUUUUGGCUCUGAAGCACCAUGAUGGCUGUAGAAUUCCACACAGUAGCUACACUAAAGCUUUCUGGACUGUGUUCCUUUUAACAUUUGACUGUGCAGGCAGGUCUAAACCUUCAUUAAAAUUCUUACCUGUGGGAAUGCUUGAAAGGGGCCUUAAAUCCAGUAAUUUUGGGAAAGGGAGAGCAGGGUCCCUGACUGCCAGUUGUGUUGGUUCAGUUUAUUUAAAUACUGUGUCUGCGUGUUACAAAUGUGAAGGUUAGGAUACAAGUGACAGUGGAUGAUUUAUUUGUUUUAGUUAGAUGACGCCCUUCUCAGCCUCCUUCAUAAACAUUUACAAAGCUGCCUUUGUUUUUUUAGUGAGAACAAGACGAGAAUUCCCUUCAGCAGAACCAUAGAAAUGUGUAUAUCCUGUAUGACUAUAGCUAACAAGACCUGCUCAUUUUGUGGUGUUCCCAUUUUUUAAAGAAAACUCUAAAGAAAAGAAAUCCCUGUAUUCUCUUCAAAUGUUCAGGUUCAGAAUGUUAAACUAAGUAGCUGCUUCUGGAGAAUGUUGGUGAAACUUGCCACUUUGUUGUCCUUAUCCUUGCCUUGCCAUACAUUACUUGUUGUGAUUGUGAUUAAUUUAACUUGAUUAUUGUUGUGGAAAAGAGCUAGGCAUAACCAACAAGAAGGUGGUCCUGGUGCUUAUAAAGGUCAUUAAUCAAAAAGUAAGAAGAAAGAGAACUAAUCACAUCUGUUAAUGAGUUUCCAGCAACCUAAUCCUAGUGCAGUUCACAUCUGUGCUUUCUGAUACUUUUUUUUUUAUAUUAACACUUAUCUCAUAUGUUCUCAAUAGGAGAAUUUUACAUAUUGGCACCCAACCUGCAGGAUCGAAUCUUUGCUCCUAUGUUUGUAAAACUUACAAGGGAAACAGUUUUGUUUUCAGUCUCUUAGGAAUUUUGCACAGUGAGAGGAAGUGUCAUUCCAAAUAGUCGUUUAAACACAAUCUCUGAAAAUCUAUUGAAGCUAAAUUUGGUAGUUUUUCAGGUUGUAGUUUUCUGUUUAAAAUCUGGACUUGCAGGUAGUAUAGGCUGUUGCCUAUUUUUAGCAUGAUAAACCACAUACCUUUGUAUUUGUCUGCAGUUUUUUUUUUUUAGGGAGCAGAUGUGUUUAAUUGUACCUCUCUAAAUGGCCCAGCUUUCAGCUGAUUAUUCUCUGUCAAAGCUUCCUCCUGUAAUUUUAGUGAUGCAUUUCUGACUUUUAAAUUAGAUACAUGUUUGUGGCUUCAAUACAAGAACCUUAUGUUUGGAUUUGACCAUUUUCAUGGGGUUUUUUUAACUGGUUGUUACGGUGAGAUAUUACAGAUGUACAGGGCUGGGUUGCAGAAAAUUCUGACUUAGGUCUAUUAGCACAGACAUUGAUUCAGCAGCUUUAAGUUUAUUUAUAUUAGUUAGUCAUUUCAGAAAAUUGAAAUGACAACAAUUUAAGAUAAGGUUGAGAUAUGUAAAUAAUGAGUUUGCUCAAAAAUUACCUGUUCUGAUUCUCUAUUUAUAUGCCCAAAUGUAAUACAAAUAAAUUGGAAAAAAUCCCUAUACCAGUACCUGCAAAAAACGAUGAAUUUUUAAUCCUCACCAUGAAUCAGGUAAAUACCCUUGCAUGGGCAGAGCACCAGGAGGGGCUUGUGCUGAAUUAAGAAAUCUCGAUGAAGAAAUGGCGACCAAGAAACGACCUUUGACCAAGAAACCAAUCUCUUCUUUUAUUCCGUUUUUUCACGUACCUCUGUUGGUGUACAUCACUCUGUUUCGUGUUUAUUGCCGGUUGUUUUCUAUUAAAAGCCUGUUCGUUACC